GCUUCUUUACAGUUUCCCAUCAGCUGCUUCACGCACUCGUUUCAAGACUGUAAGCAAUCGAUUCACUUUGUCUUACAGCGAGAGAGUUUUGAUGUGAUUGAAAUUGAAUUUGCUAAUUAAACCCGAUUGUCUUUCUUUUGCUUCCAGAGGUUAAGCCAUGAAUUCUCUCAUAACUCUGUGUUGUGUGGCCCUGGCUGCUUUCGUGGUGGUGGAAAGCAGACUUACCCACAGGACCUUUAGACUGCCCAUCGACAACCUGCAUAUUCUAAGGGAAGAUCAACUGGACAAAAUCCUGAACGUAAGGAAUGGAAGAGGCGUAGGCAGAUUUCACCGAGACUGCUUCGCCGAGAGCCGCUCUGGAGACAUGAAGAGCGGUCUCUACACCAUCAAGCCAAAAGGUUACAGGAUGAUCGUGGUCUACUGUGAAAUGGAACUCGCUGGUGGUGGAUGGACCGUGGUGCAGAAGAACACAAAGGGCACCGACGUGUCUUGGGCAGAAGAUUGGUCUUCCUACAGGCAUGGUUUUGGUGAUGCUGAAAACGAUCAUUGGCUGGGAAACGAGCAUGUCCACUAUAUCACCAAGCAAUCCCAAUACCAGCUGAAAUUCAUCCUGACAGACAGCAAGAACAAACAAAUCGAAAUCAAUUACAGAGACUUUAAAAUAGGCUCCCAAAAGGAUAGCUACCCACUGCGGCUCGGCACCAUUUACAACAGUUCAGUCACCUUUGACCAUCUGACCGAAACGGACGCCUCGGGAAUUCACGAUAACAUGCCCUUUUCGACCGUAGACAAAGAGAACAAUAAAGCGAACUGCGCAACCCAAUUUGGAGGGGGCUGGUGGUUUGAUCAUUGCAGGUCCGUAAUGGUCAACAGCAAAGAGAAUAUUUACUGGGAUGGUCUGUGCGACGGUGGUUGCAAAUCUGUGGUUAUGCUUAUCAGACCCAGCACUGAUAACUGCCCACAUAUUAGUUACGAAAACGCACGUAACUUUUAAACCUUAAACACUUUUGGCACCAACAGUUGAAUGUUGCUGAUUACAUGAAAACUGGCUGCAUCCCAAAGUGUACGUCGAAUUCUUGAUUUCUGUCAAUCAUAGGAAACCUUGUAUGGCUUCUGCCGAUUUGUAGAAUAGUAAUAAACUGAUCAAAACC